UAUGUGGUGCAGCUCUAGUUCUUUCAAUGUGUUUUGUUAAAUUUAGCAAAAAUUUUGCAGUUUCUAUGUAUUUUGUAACAGUCCAUUGUGAAGUGUGUGACUACAUAAUCUGAAAAGUUAUAUGUGUGUAAAACUAAAUGACAAAUGUUGUUUGCAGAGUAUACCGAAGAAAUGCGAAUGGACAGCGACACUACAGACAAACGCGUCCCUUCAAUUGAGUAGUGCAGUUGUAUAUAGAUACUGAUUGGAAACCACAAAAACAAAUAUAGUGGUAUUUUUAUGAAGACAGUGAUAACACAGUAAACAGAAACGGAGACAGCCUAGCACACACUCACACACGUGUUGACACCCACACUCAGGCAUGUCCAGCAGUGCGAGCUGAUCUAUUGUAAAUAAACCGAAUAUACACGUCUAUUGUGAACUCGGUCACGUACGCCGUUUGUUGUUGGGUUUGUGUUCUGAGCCCCAAACUAUUGCGAAUUUGUAGAAAGAAUUUUUUUUUAUCGAUAACAACAUACGAGCCGAGCAGCAUGUAAGAAAAAAGUGCAGCGACUUCUUAAUUAAAGUUACAGAUCGCGUUAAGUAAGAUAUACCCAGAAAUAAUAGAAAGCAAAACUAAACAAUGUCCGAAAUACCGCGCAUUAUGGUAUUCCGUCCCACCUGGGAGGAGUUCAAGGACUUCCCCAAAUACAUAGCCUAUAUGGAGUCACAGGGCGCCCACAAAGCAGGCCUGGCCAAGGUGGUGCCGCCCGCUGAGUGGGUGCCUCGUCGCAGUGGCUAUGCGGACUUGGACGCCUUGAAUGUGACGAUUCCUGCGCCCAUUUGCCAAGUGGUUACCGGAAAACAGGGAUAUUAUCAACAGAUCAAUAUACAAAAGAAACCGCUGACGGUUAAACAAUUCAGCGAAUUGGCCAGCACCGAACGGUAUGCCACACCGAAGCACUUUGAUUUCGAAGAUCUGGAGCGUAAAUAUUGGAAGAAUAUAACCUACGUGGCUCCCAUUUAUGGGGCCGAUGUUAGCGGCAGCAUCACAGACUCUGACCAGGAUAGCUGGAACAUAAAUCGCCUGGGCAGCAUUUUGGACUUUGUCAACAAGGACUAUAAUAUACAAAUUGAUGGCGUCAACACUGCCUACCUGUACUUUGGCAUGUGGAAAACGACAUUCGCCUGGCACACCGAGGACAUGGACUUGUAUUCGAUCAACUAUCUGCAUUUCGGUGCGCCCAAAACGUGGUACGUGGUGCCGCCCGAAUAUGGCAGGCGCCUGGAGAAGGUCGCCAAUCAGUAUUUCCCGGCCAGCUAUAAGAACUGCAACGCGUAUUUGCGACAUAAAAUGACGCUCAUAUCGCCGCAGAUACUUAAGCAGCACAAUGUACCAGUUAGCAAGAUAACCCAGGAAUCGGGUGAGAUUAUGAUUACGUUUCCUUUCGGCUAUCAUGCCGGCUUCAAUCAUGGCUUCAACUGCGCCGAAUCCACAAACUUUGCCAUGGAACGCUGGAUUGAGUACGGCAAGCGUGCAACGCAAUGUACCUGCAGCAAUGACAUGGUCAAAAUCUCCAUGGACACAUUUGUCAAGCGUUUCCAGAGCGAGCGAUACGAUGCGUGGUUGGAGGGGCGCGACCUCGGCCGUCAUCCAGAGGAUCCGCCCAAUGUGGUGCCAACUGCUGCGCCGCUGCCACCGCACCUCGAUGUGCUUCUGUGUGAUAAAAAAAUGAAGAAGCAAUGCAAUCCCACCAAGGCGAAGAGCUUCAAGGAGCGCAAUCCUGAUCUGGAUCUGGAUGAAAUCCAACAGAAUCCGAAUGUGCCCGACGACGUAAAAGCCAUGUUGAAAGAGAGCGUGCUUACGCUCAAUGAUGAGGAAACCGAGUACACGCCCGAGGAUACAAUGAGUCUGCAGAGUCCUGCUGACUUCAAGACCAAGCAGGAGCUGCUGGAGUACAUGGACGAUGGCACUGAGGACGACGACGAGGAGGAGGACUUUAAGCGGCGCAAGCAGAAGCGUAGAUACGACGCAGACUACGAUGAUGAUUGGCUGACGAGCAAGCGUCGGAAUAACUCGCGCAACAGCAGUCGUGGUCGUAGUCCGCGCGCCAAUAAGGACGAUCGCUCCAUAUCGCCAGCGUCCUCCACAUCCUCCACUUCAAGAGGGGCACGCGGGGGUGGAGCGCGCGCCAAAGCGAACUCCACACCACGCAAAACGCCCACGAAGCGAAAAAAGGAGGCGACUGCCAGCAGCAGCAGCAGUCAACAGCAACAACAACAACAACAGCAGCAGCAGCAACAGCAACUGCAACAACAACAACAAACGGCAGCAGCUGCACCUCAGCAGCAACAGCAGCUGCAAACGUUGCCCUCGCUCGACUUUAGCGGCAUGAUACUGCCAGGCGGUGCACAGCUGGCGCUGGCCAAUCCCGGCGCAAGCAGCUCCAUGACGCUGCAACGUGGCCAGGCCACGCCCACGCAGAGUGCACAGCCGACGACGACAACAUUGAUCUACUCGAAUCAGCUGGAGUUGCAGCAGGCGCUGCUGCAGCAGCAACUGCAUGGACAGAGCAUCAUGAUCCAAGAUCAGGCGGGCAAUCUGGUGCCGCUGCAGCUGGACGGCACGCAGACUAUUUACACAACGGCACCAGCGCCGCAGCAGCGGGCGACAACAGCAACGUACCAAACGACAACUCAGCAGCAACUUCAACAGCAGCAGCAGCAACAGCAGCAGGUGAGCAGCAGCCAGGCGCAGACGCAACCCACGCACUACGAGCUGGACAACGUGACCUACCUCAGCUCGGCCGCGGCUACGCCGACGCUGCCCAGCGAUCAGCAGCARCAGCAACAGCAACAUGUCAUCGGCACAGUGCAGAGCUACCAGAUACUGACGCCCGAUGGCCUGCAGAGCUUUCAGCCCAAGCUGGAGACCGGCGAGCUGGGCGAUCUGUGUCCGUACACGAUGAGCGCCACAGCCGCGCCUCAGUACACCUUCACCACGCACGCGAGCACGCAGCCCACGCUGAAUGCGAAUGCGCUAGAUGCGCAGCAACAUCACCAGCAGCAGCAGCAGCAGCAACAGCAGCAACAACAGCAGCAUCAGCUGCUGCAGCAGCACCAGUUCAGCCACAAUCCGCAUCAACAGUUUAUGGAGCUAAAGAACGAGCUGCUGAUAAAGAGUAGUGACGCCUAUACGCUGGAUGCCUCCUCCAUGUACCACCUGCCCUUCUCGCCCACCUCGAUGAUAAAUGCGGUGAACGAUGUGAAUACCUCGUCGCUGCUGGAAACCAAAGAAAUUAGCAAUGGCAAGAGUAACAGCAGCAGCAACAGCAACAGUUGCUUUCAAAGCAGCAGCAGCAACAGCAAUCGUAGCGCCUCUGUCAGCUUCGUCGACAAAUUCGCAGACUUUGUAACACAUAAUCGUAGCCAUUCGAAAAGCAGACGCGACUUGCAAGUGCACAACAAACACACUAAUAAUCCCAAUGCUGUCUCAUCUCUCAUUCCAAACUCUAACAACAACAGCAGCGGCAGCAACAGCAGCAGUGCUGCCAACAGCAACAACAACAAUAACAACGUUAGCAGCAGCAGCAAUGGCAUAAAGACAACAAUUGGCAAGAAGACGCCUGUCAUACUGCUGGCCGCACGUGGAGCUGUUCACAAAUCUCAGCAGCAGCAACAACAACAGCCGCAGCAGCAGCAGCAGCAUCCGCCACUCGCCUUGCUCAAUGGCAGCCAAGCGGGCGGCAAGCCAGCGGUCACCUUGCUGCGCGUCAAUGCGAAUGCCAACCGCAGUCGCCAGGUUAUCAUUACGCCAGACGCAUCCAACCUGCAGCAACAGCAGCAGCAACAGCAGCUGAUCGAGCAAGAGGAGGAGCUCAUUGAUGAGGAUGUUUAUGAUGAUGCGGACACACUGAAUGCCGCCCUGUGCUCAUCGACAGCACAAAUCCUGCGCAAAUUCCGCAUACCCAAGGGCACAGCACUGACAGCCAAGUCGGCGGAUGGUUAUCUGGCCAUGCCGACGCCGACGCCCUCGCCGCCCAUGGUCGCAACUGGAGGCAACGUUGCUCUAGAUGCAGCCAGCUAUGUGGACAACACAGACGACAUCAUCGAAGAGCUCAACGAGGAUGAUCUGGUGGAAGAGGUCAUCGACGAGGAGGCGACUGGCUGCGAGGAGCAGCAGGUGCUGGAACAAACAGUUAACGACAGCGACGGUCUUGAUCUCAGCAGCGGGAGCAACAGCAAUCAUAAUGCGACAGCAGCAGCGGUUGCAGCUGCAACGACAACAUCUGCCAUGUUGCUGCAGCAGCCGCAACAGCAGCAGCCGGCGGCGCUGCAGCUACAAACCGUGGGACCCAAUGGCACUGUCACCUGCUUCAAUCUGCCACCGAAUACCAUAUUGGUGCAGUCAGCCGACGGCAGCAUCAUCGCGCAUCCCAGCAAAGCUGGCCAGCAGCAGUUGAUUGUGUUGCCCGCGGACUGGCCGACAGCCAAUAUGGCCUUAGCCGAGCCGACAGCAGCAGCUCAGCCAGCGCAGACGCAAACGCAAACGCUGCUGCUGACGGCCGACGGCACCGCCAUACCAAUUAUGGCGCCGCUGCAGCAGCAACACCACCAACAACAGCAGCAGCAGCAGCAGCAACAACAGCAACAGGCUGCAGCUGUUGCUGCUGCAGCGCAACUAUUCGCCGCGUAGGGUCUAAUGGGUGGCCAAAUGGGUCGAUUUUUGAAUAAUGCCACGAUAAUGCCAACCACAUAUUUCUUUUAAAUCUCCAGCCCGUUGCACCUGCCGCAGAGCAGCACGUGGCACAGCUCGUUGUGUUGCUCUGCUGCCAGCUGCAACAAAUUCCUAGAGUUCUAUCCACAAUAUUCCACCUGCCCCGCCUCCAUUUACGUAGGGCAUCUACCAAAAAUCGACGCAUUUGGCCACCAAAAAGAGCAGCACUAAA